ACUGAUAAAAGCCUCCCUGGAGGAUUGUGCUCCCAGCCCUCUCCCUGCCGCCAUCCAGCUCCUCCCCGCAGCACUCACCGCCCAGCAUCCAGCAGCCGGCACACAUUAACCAGCGCUCUCCAGAGACGGGGCCGCGCCGGGACUGCUCCCGCUCCACGCCUGCGGCAUUCUGCACACGCCGGGGCAGCAGCUUCCCUCCAGCCUGCCACAGCCACAGCCUCAGCUCUGCUCAGACCACAUGGCCACUGCGGGACAAGUUAUCAGGUGCAGGGCUGCUGUUGCCUGGGCCCUGGGCAAACCACUCUCUGUUGAGGAGGUGGAAGUUGCACCCCCAAAGGCAGGGGAAGUUCGGAUCAAGAUUGUGGCCACAGGCAUCUGUCACACAGAUUAUCACAUUUUGAAAGGUUCCUUGCCUAAUGUGGAAUUCCCAGUUAUCCCUGGCCAUGAAGGAGCUGGGAUUGUGGAAAGCAUUGGAGAAGGAGUGACCUCUGUGAAACCAGGAGACAAAGUGAUUCCCCUUUGCAUCCCUCAGUGUGGGGAAUGCAGCUUCUGCCGGAAUCCUGAAUCCAACUUCUGCCAGAAGUCCCAUUUCUCUGAACCACAAAACCUCCUGCCAGACAAGACCAGCCGCUUCUCUUGCAGAGGGAAGCAGAUCCACCACUUCCUGUGGAUCAGCACCUUUGCAGAAUACACCGUGGUCCCAGAAUACGCCGUUGCCAAGAUAGAUGCUGCAGCACCUCUGGACAAAGUCUGCUUGUUUGGCUGUGGGUUUUCCACAGGCUAUGGGGCUGCCAUCAACACAGCUAAGGUAAAACCAGGCUCCUCCUGUGCCGUCUUCGGCCUCGGAGGAGUUGGCCUCUCUGUUGUCAUGGGCUGCAAGGCAGCUGGAGCUUCCCGCAUCAUUGCCGUGGACAUCAACAAGGACAAGUUUGCCAAGGCCAAGGAGCUGGGAGCCACCGACUGCAUCAACCCUCGAGACUUCCAGAAGCCCAUCCAGGAGCCUUUCUAUCCUUAUUCAUGCACCUGCUUUCUCCUGUUUCUAGGCUGGAAGAUGAGAGAAUGUAUCCCCAAAUUAGUUUCCAGCUAUUUGGAGAAGAAAUUCAAUUCAGACUUGCUGAUCACGCACACGCUGCCAUUCGCUGAAGUGAAUGAGGGAUUUGAGUUGUUACGUGCAGGAAAAAG